AUAUAUAUAUAUAUAUAUACAUAUGUAUACAGAAUUUUAAUUUCUCACUAAAACCCGUGUUCACUCGUAGACGUUGGAGAUCAACGGUCUUGUUGCGCGUUUUUUCAUAUACAGCCGACGAAGAAGGAAGUGUUUGGGCUCCGUUGGUGUGAGAACUCCGUGACAAUGAAGCUUCAAACUUACCUCAUUCUAUUCCUCCAAGUGGUGCUGGUUAAAUGUCUCCCGGACAUCUCCGGGUUCCUCGGGGGCAACGUCACCUUGCCCUCGGGGGUCGACCCGUCGUGGGAACUUUCAUCAAUCGUGUGGACGAUAUUCUUGAACAGCACUUGGAUUGCCACCUAUCGGAACAAGUGGAAGAAUCUGGAUCAUUUGGCUCGGUAUAAAGGGAGACUCGGCCUCAACUCCUCCACGGGUGACCUGACGAUCCAUCAUUUGACCUUGGAGGAUGCCUUGCAGUACACUGUGGCCCUCACUGGUACACCAGGACAGAAAAGCCUAAACAAGGUCACCGUCAGGGUGACGAAACCCCUCCAGAAACCGACCAUCGAAGUCUUUGAAUCUAAAAGCAAUAAGUGUCACUGGUCGGUACGAUGUGAGUCCACCGAUGAAGGCGUCCUCUUGUCCUUGGAAGCAACGCCCCCCGCUGUGACCUCCGGCUGCAACCUCACCGAUACCAACGGACACUCUGUGGCCUUACUGUAUAUUCGCGGCUCCACCCAGCAUCCGGUUGAAGUGACGUGCACCUCCCACAGGGGCGAGGAGAAGGCCUCCAGUAGUGUCAAGGCAACGUGCAGCGGCAACGAGCUCGAGCCGCCACUCCCGCCAACUAUUCAGCCGACGACUCGGCACAGGACAAGAUAUUUGCUUGCUUUUUUGCUGGGCUUGAUGACGGGUAUUCUUUUGUUAGUAGGUGCUCUUUGCCUUUCCAACCAUUACAGAGGAAACAAAAAUGAAUGCAUUUAGAGAAAAAACCUGUACAGUGAAACAACUAAAAUGAUACAUUUACAUUACAUUUACUUUAUUAUCCUGAAAUUGGAACUUUUAAUUAUUUUUUUAAAUCACUUAUGGUCCAAUACCUUCAUACAUGCACAAGCACCUUUCUGUAAACUUUUCAAAAAAGCACGAUUAGGUUUAUUCACUUUUGUUAUUAUUUUUUCUACUGCGUGUGUUAAGUACCAUUCUGACCCAGGUGUUGUAAAUACAUUUAUAUGGAGGUUGUUUGGGACUUUUGCUACUUUUUAAAGUAGGAGCAGGAAUUUGUUUUUUCACCUAAUGAAUAAUUUCUUUCACUUUUUUGACAAAUGCUAAUUCAUGUAUGGAAACCGCCCCAUUUGAAAUAACAGCUCAAAAAGCUGAGGUUAUACAACAUGCGCGCAGAAAAGAAACACAAAGAGGCGGAGUGACUGAAUGACAGUAUAUGUGAUUUAAUAUGACCACUUAUCCACAAGCAGAAACCCCCAAAGACGUACAAAUAAAAAAUAAUUUCUGUAUUCACAAAAUGUACAACACUGUAAUAAAAUUGGAGCAUGCAGAAUUGUGUUCUAAAAAUAUAA